CUUAUUGUGCAACUUGGAGAUGAUAUUUCCUCCCUUAUUUUUUGACGUCAUGGAGCAUUUAGCUGUCCACCUCCCGUAUGAGGCAUUGCUUCGAGGACCAGUACAUUAUGGAUGGAUGUAUCAGUAUGAGCGGGCCAUGAAAUAUUUGAAGGGAAAGGCAAAAAACCUCGCAAUGGUUGAAGGUUCCAUAAUUGCUGGAAGUUUGACGGAAGAAACAUCUCACUUCACAUCGUACUACUUUGCACCUAAUGUACGGACCCGACAAAGAGCUCCAAAAAGAUAUGAUGAUGGUGGUGUUGCCCCAACAUAUGCAGUUGCUGGUGUUCCGGAUAUCUUUAGCCAGAUUGGACGAAUGGGUGGGAAAACGAAAGAGGUUUGGUGGUCGAGUGAUGAAGACGCCCAUAGUGCACACACUUACAUUCUACUUAAUUGUGAGGAUCCAUUUAUGCGCUAUUUUGAAAGCCUAUUUGUUAGUCAAGUCCAAGAAGCUAUCCCAGGUAUAUCCACAAGUGAGGUAGAUAAAAGGAAAGAUCGACACUUUAUUAAAUGGUUGAAGAGUCAGGUUGAAUAUGAGGAUCCAGAUUAUCCCAUAUGGUUUCACGAAUUAGUUCAGGGUCCACUUGCAAAGGUCACCACAUCACCAAUGUAUUUCUCACGAGGCUUUACUUUUCAUACGUACGAGUAUGGUAAACACCGGGCGACCAGCAAUUAUGGAAUUUGUGUGAAAGGCGAAACCGAUUUCUACGGGAUCUUGCAGGAGAUUAUUGAAGUGGAAUUCCCUGGGUUAUUGAAGCUGAAAUGCGUCAUAUUCAAAUGUGACUGGUUCGACCCCGUGGUCAACAGAGGUGUUCGAUUUAACAAAUUCGGUGUAGUUGCUGUCAAUGGUGGACGGAGGUACAACAAAUUCGAGCCUUUCAUAUUAGCUUCGCAAGCAGACCAAGUUAGCUUCCUACCAUACCCGAGGUUGCGAGAAUCUGGAAUAAGUUGGUUAGCUGUUAUCAAAGUUACACCCCGUGGACGAAUAAUCGGUGGAGAAGAACCACCUUUGCAAGAAGAACACAUCAAUGAAGUCGAAGAACCUGAACAACAAAUGGAAGACAUCCUACUCAUUGAUCCGCAUAAUCAUGAGUAUGAAGAUCUUCCCGACGAUACCACUGACGAUGCUGUUGAGGACGAGUUUAAUGAAAGUGAUGAUGUUUCUAGUGUUGAAGAGAAUGAUGAUGUAUCUGAAUGAUGAUGUAAUUUUUUAAAAAUAUUAUUUAUUUUCAGACUUGA